UUCACUAUCAUUAAAGGUUUAUGAACCACAUGAAACAUCACUUGGAGCUCGAGAAGCAGAGCAGUGAAAGUUGGGAAAGCCACACCACCUGCCAGCACUGUUACCGUCAGUUUCCCACCCCAUUUCAGCUGCAGUGCCACAUUGAAAGUACACACACGCCUUACGAGUCAUCUACAAUUUGUAAAAUCUGUGAAUUAUCCUUUGAAACAGAGCAAGUUCUUUUGCAACAUAUGAAGGACAAUCAUAAGCCAGGUGAAAUGCCGUAUGUUUGCCAGGUAUGCAACUACAGAUCCUCAGCUUUUUCGGAUGUAGAAACACAUUUUAGAACAGUUCAUGAAAAUACAAAACAUUUGUUAUGCCCAUUUUGCCUCAAAGUAAUUAAAAUUGGAGCACCAUAUAUGCACCAUUACAUGAGGCAUCAGAAAAAAGGAAUAUACCGUUGCACUAAGUGCAGACUGCAAUUUUUGACAUGCAAAGAAAAAAUGGAUCACAAGACUCAGCAUCACCGAACAUUUAGGAAACCCAAACAGUUAGAAGGAUUGCCUCCUGGAACAAAGGUGACUAUUCGAGCAUCUGUUGGAUCUCUUCAAUCAGGAUCGUCAGCUACAUCUUCUGUUAGUACAAGCACUUCCACGUUUCAGUUAUCACCUAAAGCUAAAAAUACAACCACUAAAAAUCAUAACAAAUCUAAUACAAAUAAGUCAAAAGCAAAGUCAAAACCAACUACAUCGAAGAAGCAAAAUGCAUGGACCAACAGCAAAAAAAAAAAAGAAGUUACAAAUACAGCAUUGCAUAAUCUAAGGUAUCGUUUGGGAGCUCACAAAUGCAUUGAGUGUUACUCAGAAAUAAAAGAUUUUGCAAGCCAUUUUCCUGCUUAUGUCCACUGUAGCUUAUGCAGAUACAACACUAGCUGUAGCAAAGCCUAUGUGAAUCACAUGAUGAGUUUUCACAGUGCUCGUCCAAGUAAAAGAUUUUGGAUCUAUAAGAAGCAUUCAGAAGAGCUACGAGGUGUGACUGUAGUAUGUCUUAACUGUGAUUUCCUGACUGAUGUUUCUGGCUUAGAUAGCAUGGCCACACAUCUAAGUGAAAGCCAUACUCAUACGUGUCAAGUUAUUAUAGAGAAAGUUUCUGUAGAUAUCCCAACUGCUGAACAAGUAUCUGAGUUAAAGACCGAAAUCUCCAUUAGAGAGAGGGAAGCUAAGUUGGAGAAAAUUUCAAGACCUAGUAUAUCUGAAGGAAAAACAGAAACACCAACUUUUGAAAGCAAACAGGAGCAUGACUCUUCAGAUGAAACAAAAGAAUGCAAUAGAAAUCAAACUAAAAAGGUUGCAUCAGUUGAAAAGAAUGAAGAAAACUCAUCAUUGUCAAAUACAGAAAAUGUUCCUGGUUUGGAACUCCCUGACAACAGCUCAAAGAAUUGUUUGCGUGAGAAAGGAGCGUGUUGUGAUUCAGAUAAUAACAAACAAUUAGUAGAUGAGAAACAAAAAUGUAUUCACGAUGAAAGUGAGUUGAAAACUUGCCAAAGUUUAGAUAAUGUUACCUUGAAUGAGCAGACUAAAGUACAUAGCUUGGAUGAAACUACACUUUCAGCAAUGAACGCAAGGGACUUAAAACUAACAUUGGGUGAAGAUGUUAGUUUUGAGCAGUUCUUGAGAAAAAGAGAUGAACCUGAAUCCGUUAGUUCAGACAUUAGUGAACAAGGCAGUAUUCAUUUGGAGCCUUUGACUCCAUCAGAGGUACUAGAGCAUGAAGCUACUGAAAUUCUUCAAAAAGGUAAUGUUGCACCUUCAUCAAAGAAAGCUGGACAACUCUCUGAACAAACAGAUGAGACUUCUAAAGAAAGCAGUCCCAACAGAAUGGAAACAACUGUAAACAAGACAGAUGAAAAUGAAGCAAGCUGA